AAGAUGCCGGCCACAGAGAAGGACCUGGCCGAGGACGCCCCGUGGAAGAAGAUCCAGCAGAACACCUUCACCCGCUGGAUCAACGAGCACCUGAAGUGCGUCAACAAGCGGAUCGGGGACCUGCAGCUGGACCUGGGCGACGGCCUGAGGCUCAUCGCCCUGCUGGAGGUCCUCAGCCACAAGACCAUGUACAGAAAGUACCACGCGAGGCCCAACUUCAGGCAGAUGAAGCUGGAGAACGUGUCGGUGGCUCUGGAGUUCCUGGACAAGGAGAACAUUAAGCUGGUCUCCAUCGACUCUAAAGCCAUCGUGGAUGGGAACCUGAAGCUGAUCCUGGGUCUGGUCUGGACUCUGAUUCUGCACUACUCCAUCUCCAUGCCAGUGUGGGAGGGCGAGGAUGAAGAGGCGGAGUCAAAGACACCUAAGCAGCGUCUGCUGGGCUGGAUCCAACACAAAAUCCCUGAUCUGCCAAUCAACAACUUCAGCCAAGACUGGAGGAAUGGCAAGGCACUGGGAGCACUGGUAGACAGCUGUGCACCAGGUCUGUGUCCAGACUGGGAGACCUGGGAUCCAGUGAAACCAGUGGAGAAUGCCACUGAAGCCAUGCAGCUGGCUGACGACUGGCUGGGCAUCCCGCAGGUGAUGGCUCCAGAGGAGAUCAUUGAUCCCAGCGCGGACGAGCAGUCGAUGAUGACCUACCUGUCACAGUUCCCCAAAGCCAAACUGAAGCCAGGAGCUCCACUUAAACCCAAGCUGAACCCCAAGAAGGCCCGCGCGUACGGCCCAGGUAUUGAACCGACGGGGAACCGGGUGCUGCGUCCCGCUGUGUUCACCGUGGACACGUUCAGUGCCGGUCAGGGUCAGGUCACCGUCUACCUGGAUCAUCCGGACGGCACCAGAGAGGAGCUGAUCGCGGAGCCUAAUGAGGGCAAGAAGACGUUCAGCGUCACAUAUGUUCCUCAAGUCGUGGGACCUCACAAGGUGACGGUGAUGUUUGCAGGCCAGCAGAUUCCCAAGAGUCCAUUUGAGGUGAACGUGGACAAGGCGCUGGGCGACGCCUCCAAGGUCACAGUCAAAGGCCUGGGAAUCGAACCCGUGGGCAACAUCGCCAACAAACCCACCUACUUUGACAUCUACACUGCAGGAGCCGGUACCGGGGAUGUGACGGCCAUGAUCAGAGACCCUCAGGGCCGCCAGAACAGCGUGGAGGUGAUGAUGGAGGAUAAGGGCGACAACACAUACCGCUGCACCUACAAGCCCACGCAGGCGGGCCCGCACACUGUCACCGUCACCUUUGGAGGGGCGGGCAUCCCCAAGAGCCCCUUCAGCGUGGACGUGGGGCCUGCUUGCAUGCCGGGGUCGUGCAGGGCGACGGGUCGGGGUCUGCAGCCGUCGGGGUUGAGGGUGAAACAGGUCGGUGACUUCAAGGUGGACACCAGAAACGCCGGCAGCGGAGACCUGAAGGUGCUCGUCAAAGGACCCAAGGGCAUAGAGGAGCCGGUGAAGCAGAUCUCCGGUAAGGACGGUGUGUACUCCUAUGAGUAUUAUCCCAACAGUCCUGGAAAAUACACCGUCUCCAUCACCUGGGGGGGUCAACACAUCCCAAAGAGUCCAUUUGAGGUGACGGUGGGUCGGGAAGCUGGGCCUCAGCAGAUCAGGGCUUGGGGUCCCGGCCUGGAGGGAGGCAUUGUGGGUAAACCUGCCACCUUUGUAGUGGAGUCCGUCGGCACUGAUGUCGGAGUGCUGGGUUUUGCCAUCGAGGGACCUUCCCAGGCUAAAAUCGAGUGCGAGGACCAGAACGACGGCUCAUGUGACGUCCGUUACUGGCCGACGGAGCCCGGAGAAUACGCUGUCCACGUGACUUGUGAUGAGGAGGACAUUGAAAACAGCCCCUUCAUGGCCUACAUCGUCCCCGACAACAACGCCAGCGACCCAGAUAAGGUUCAGGCUUUCGGGCCGGGGCUCGAGAGGACCGGCUGCCUGGUCAGCCAACCGGCCGAGUUCACUGUCAGCGCUAAGGAUGCUGGGAAAGGACCUCUGAAGAUCACGGCUCAGGAGUCAGAGGGACUACCUGUGGAGGUGAAGGUGAGGAGUAAAGGUGAGGGGCUGUACUCCUGCUCCUACACGCCCGCCUCCCCUCUCAAACACACGGUGGCCGUCGCCUGGGGAGGAGUCAGCGUCCCCAACAGCCCCUUCAGGGUAAACGUGGGUAAAGGCAGCCACCCCAAGAUGGUGAAGGUGUUCGGUCCUGGAGUGGAGAGAACCGGACUGAAGGCCAACGAGCCCACGCACUUCACCGUGGACUGUUCAGGAGCCGGAGACGGUGAUGUCAGCGUGGGCAUUAAGUGUGAUGCCAACAUGGUCGGUGAAGAUGAGGCCGAUGUGGACUUUGACAUCAUCCCCAACGCCAACGAUACAUUCACUGUCAAAUACAUGCCUCCUGCUGCUGGAAAACUCACAGUUAAAGUCCUGUUCACCGACAAGGAAGUUCCACAGAGCCCAUUUAACGUCAAAGUUGAUCCUUCCCAUGAUGCAUCGAAGGUCAAAGCAGAAGGCCCUGGACUGGCUCGCACUGGUGUGGAGAGCGGUAAGCCGACUCAUUUCACAGUGAUGACUAAAGGAGCGGGUAAAGCACCGCUGGAUGUUUCCUUCUCCUCCCCCGUCAAUGAUUUUGAAAUCAUCGACAACUACGACUACUCCCAGACUGUCAGAUACACACCUGUACAACAGGGGGAGCAGAAGAUCAUGGUGACGUAUGGAAAGGAUCCCAUCGCCAAGAGCCCCUUCACGGUCGGCAUCGCCGCCCCGCUGGAUCUGAGCAAAGUCACUGUGGACAACCUGGAUGGAAGAGCGGAGGUUGAUCAGGAGCAGCAGUUUAUGGUGGACACAAAGGGGGCAGGAGGUCAAGGUUGCCUGGAGGUGGCAGUGCUGAGUCCCAGCCAGCGUGCAGUAAAGUGUAAAAUGGAGCCUCAGCCCGGUAAAGCAGACGUCAGUCUGGUCCGUUUCACCCCCACGGAGGAGGGGGUCCAUGCUGUCAACGUGUCCUACGACGGACACCCGGUCCCUGGGAGCCCCUUCCCUGUGGAGGCCCAGUUGCCUCCAGACCCCAGCAAGGUGAAGGCGUUUGGUCCUGGUCUGAAGGGCGGUCUGGUAGGAAACCCUGCAGAGUUCACCAUCGACACCAAGGGCGCCGGCACCGGUGGUCUGGGGCUGACGGUGGAGGGGCCGACCGAGGCCAAGAUCGAGUGUUCGGACAACGGAGACGGGACCUGCUCCGUCUCCUACCUGCCCACCGAGCCCGGAGACUACCUGGUUAACAUCCUGUUUGAGGAGGUCCACGUCCCGGGCUCGCCAUUCAGAGCCGACAUCCAGAUGCCCUUUGACCCCUCUAAGGUGGUGGCAUCGGGGUCGGGCUUGAAAAGAGCCAAGGUUGGAGAGACCAGUGUGGUGAAUGUGGACUGUUCCCGGGCCGGACCGGGACAACUCAGCCUGGAGGCCGUACCAGACUCCACCCCGACCAGUCCCACUGGCUUUGCUCCAGGCUCUGGUGUUAAAGCUAAGACAGAGGUGGUGGACAACAAACACGGGACAUACACAGUGACCUACGUCCCCCUGACCGCCGGCAUGUACACCCUGCUGCUGAAGUACGGGGGCAAGGCCGUCCCCGGUUUCCCUGCUAACGUGAUGGUGGAUCCUGCCGUCGACACAUCCAAAAUCAAAGUGUUCGGACCCGGAGUGGAAAGACAAGCUGUUUUCAGAGAAGCCACCACAUCGUUCACGGUGGACGCCCGUCCUCUGAGCCGGCGAGGAGGAGACCACGUGAAGGCGGAGGUUAGGUGCCCGUCCGGGGCGCUGACAGACAGUCAGAUUACCGACAAUGGGGACGGGACCUACACCGUCGAGUACACUCCUUUUGAGAAUGGCGUCCACAACGUCCAGGUUCUCUAUGACGACACAGCGGUUCCUAAGAGCCCAUUCAGGGUGUCUGUGUCAGAGGGAUGUGACCCCACCAGGGUGGUGGCUACUGGCCCCGGGCUGCAACAAGCCCUGACGGACAAGCCCAACAACUUCAACAUCAUCACCAGAGGGGCCGGUAUUGGCGGUCUCGGCAUCACCGUGGAGGGUCCGUCGGAGUCGAAGAUGUCUUGCAAAGACAACAAAGAUGGCAGCUGCAGCGUGGAGUACGUUCCCUUCACCCCGGGCCUCUACGACGUCAACAUCACCUACGGAGGAGAGCACAUCCCCGGAAGUCCAUUCAAGGUCCCCGUGAAGGACGUGGUGGACUCCAGUAAGGUCAAGGUGUCUGGUCCCGGUGUUGGGUCAGGGGUCAGGGCCAACAUCCCACAAUCCUUUACGGUGGACUGCAGGAAGGCCGGCGUGGCGCCGCUGGCCGUGGCCAUCACCGCUCCUAAAGGGGUCGCGGAACCUGUGGAGGUGACGGACAACGGGGACGGGACGCACCUGGUGUCCUACACCCCAUCUGUGGAGGGACCGUACUCUGUGGCCGUUCAGUACGCGGAGGAGGACGUCCCACGCAGUCCCUUCAAGUUCCGGGUGCUGCCCACGCACGAUGCCAGUAAAGUCCGAGCCAGCGGCCCCGGGUUGACCAGCGGCGUACCAGCCAGCUUCCCCGUGGAGUUCAACAUCGACGCCAAGGACGCCGGCCAGGGCCAACUGAGCGUGCUCAUCACGGACCAGGAUGGUAAUCCUAAGCAGCCCAGUAUCCAGGACAACGGUGAUGGAACAUACCUGGUGUCGUACAUCCCCGACCGCGCGGGCCGGUACACCAUCGUCAUUAAGUACGGCGGUGACGACAUCCCCGCCUCGCCUUAUAGAGUUCGUGCCACGGCAACCGGAGACGCCAGCAAGUGCACCGUCACCGGUCCAGGUGUGGGUCCCACGGUGGCCAUCGGCGAGGAGCUGGGCCUGGUGGUGAACGCCAAGGCUGCUGGGAAAGGGAAGGUGAGCUGUGUGGUGGUCCAGCCCGACGGCAGCGAGGUGGAGGCCGAGGUGCUGGAGAACGAGGACGGCGCCUUCGACAUCUUCUACACCGCGCCAGCGCCCGGGAACUACGUCAUCUUCGUCCGCUUCGGAGGGGAAAACAUCCCACGGAGUCCCUUCAAAGUCAUGGUGACAUCAGAAGGCUACGAGCCAAUGAGAAGCAGCGUAAAUGGAAGCGGUUUCAGACCGUUCGACAUGGUGAUACCUUUCUCCUUCAGAAAGGGAGAAAUCACAGGUGAGGUGCUGAUGCCUUCAGGUAAAUCGGCUCAGCCCGUGAUCUCAGACAACCUGGAUGGGACGGUCACGGUGCAGUACUCGCCCACUGAGGCCGGGCUGCACGAGAUGCACAUUAAAUACAACGGCACACACAUCCCAGAGUCUCCCCUUCAGUUCUACGUGAACAACGCCAGUAGUCCCAACGUCACGGCCGACGGCCCUGGUCUGAGCUACGGCGUCGCCAACAAGACGGCCACAUUCACGGUCUUCACAGAGGACGCCUCUGAAGGGGGUCUGGACUUGGCCAUCGAGGGUCCGUCCAAAGCAGAGAUCAGCUGCGUGGACAACAAAGACGGGACGUGCAGCGUCAGCUACCUGCCCACUCUGCCCGGAGACUACAACAUUCUGGUGAAAUACAACAACAAGCACAUCGCCGGCAGCCCGUUCACCGCCAGGAUCACCGAGGACAACCAGCGGCGCUCUCAGGUCAAGCUGGGCUCUGCAGCAGAUUUCUCUCUGGACAUCAAUGAGACGGACCUGAGCCUGCUGACGGCCAGCAUCAUGGCGCCGUCUGGCCGUGACGAGCCGUGCCUGCUGAAGAGGAUGGCCAACAACCACAUCGGUAUCUCCUUCAUUCCCCGGGAGGUGGGUGAACACCGCGUCAGCAUCCUGAAGAACGGCCGCCACGUCGCCAACAGUCCCAUCACCAUCAUGGUGGUCCAGUCUGAGAUCGGCGACGCCAGCCAGGUCAAAGCUCACGGCGACGGCCUCGUCCAGGGAACCACCUUCAACAACUCCAGCUUCGUGGUCGACACGCGGGAAGCCGGUUAUGGUGGCCUGGCUCUGUCCAUCGAAGGGCCCAGUAAGGUGGACAUCCAGACGGAGGACAUGGAGGACGGGACGUGUGCCGUUACCUACUGUCCUACUGAACCAGGAAACUACAUCGUCUCAAUCCGCUUCGCAGAAGAACACGUACCAGGAAGUCCGUUCACAGUGCGGGUGACCGGGGAGGGGCGGAUCCGGGAGAGCAUCACCCGACGUCAGAAGGCAGCGUCCGUUUCCAGUGUGGGCAGUGUGUGUGACCUCAGUCUGAAGAUACCCGCGAUCGACAUGCAGGACGUCACCGCUGAGGUCACUUCCCCCUCGGGAGCCCGUCAGCCUGCCGAGCUAGUUGCCGCAGGUAAUGACACCUACUGCGUGCGCUUCGUGCCCACAGAGAUGGGUUUGCACAGCGUGAGCGUGAGGUACCGGGGCAUGCACGUGCCGGGCAGCCCCUUCCAGUUCACUGUGGGGCCGCUCGGAGAGGGCGGGGCCGCCAAGGUGAGAGCAGGAGGUCCGGGACUGGAGGGAGCACUGGCAGGAGAGCCAGCUGAGUUCAGUAUUUGGACAAGGGAGGCGGGGGCCGGCGGUCUGUCCAUCGCCGUGGAGGGACCCAGCAGGGCGGAGAUCUCAUUCGACGACCGCAAAGACGGAUCCUGCGGCGUCUCUUACGUUGCUCAGGACCCCGGUGAUUAUGAGAUUUCGGUGAAGUUCAACGACCAGCACAUACCCGACAGCCCCUACCUGGUUCCUGUUGUCGCUCCAGCCAACGACGCUCGCGGCCUCACUGUUACCGGCCUUCAGGAGUCUGGUCUGAAGGUGAAUCACCCAGCAUCCUUUGCAGUCCGUCUGAACGGAGCACAGGGCAAGAUGGAGGCCAAAGUACACAGCCCCUCUGGAGCUCUGGAGGAGUGUGUCGUCACCGAGCUGGAAAAAGACAAGUACGCUAUCCGAUUCAUCCCCAGGGAGAAUGGUGUCCACACCAUCGACGUCAAGUUCAACGGCUCUCACAUCCCUGGAAGUCCUUUCCAGGUCCGCGUCGGUGAACCAGGACAGACUGGAGAGCCCGGGCUGGUCUCAGCGUACGGAGCUGGACUGGAGAGAGGCACGACAGGUGCCCAGUCAGAGUUCGUCAUUAACAACACUAAGGCGGGCUCCGGGGCCUUGGCCGUGACCAUCGAGGGUCCGUCCAAGGUGAAAAUGGACUGCAAGGAGGUUCCAGAGGGCUACAAGGUGCAGUACACUCCCAUGGCGCCUGGAAACUACCUGAUCAGCAUCAAAUAUGGAGGACCGAACCACAUCAGUGGCAGUCCCUUCAAGGCCAAAGUCACAGGUCCUCGGCUGGUGAAUGUGACCAACGCCAGUGAGACGUCCACCCUGACGGUGGAUCCAGCGGUGCGGGCGUCCAGCAGCAGCUUCACCCAGAGUGCCAUGCCCAGCCUGGGCGACUCUGACGCCAGCAAGGUGCUGAGCCGAGGUCCCGGCCUCAGCAAGGCCUUCAUGGGUCAGAGAAGCAACUUCUCCUUAGACUGCAGCAAGGCUGGUAAGAACAUGCUCCUGGUCGGUGUUCACGGUCCUCAGGUCCCCUGUGAGGAGGUUCUGGUUAAACACUUGGGCAACCUGCAGUACAACGUAAGCUACAUGCUAAAGGAGCGGGGCAACUACAUCCUGGUUGUCAAGUGGGGCGACGACCACAUCCCAGGCUCCCCCUUCAACGUCACCGUCCCAUGAGGCUCCAUGAAACCUGCUGUUACUCGUCCUGCACCAUUUUGCAUCUCUUGUCUGAGUGGACACAUUAGUUGCACUGCAAAUAACUGUCCAAUCAACAAGUAGCUUAGCAAAAUUUUGGAUUUUCUCCUCUGACACAGUUGAUUUACUUGUUUUUUAAUCUGCCAAACUGCCCUCAGAAAUUCUUAAAGGUGCCCUGCCACAUUAUUUCAUGACUUUGUUGUAAUGUCUGUAGUUCUACCAUGGACUCUGUGCCUUGGUUACCUUGUUUCAAGCCAUUCUAGUGUGGCAUAGAAAGCCUUCAAGAAGCCUCAGCUCGAUUGUUGCCAGUUCUCAUUAAUAUUCAACAAGCUAAAUUGCUUGACUCUGAUUGACUAACAACUAGCCAAUGAGAGCCAGGCUAUCAGCAUCCUUUACCCUGCACAACUGGGCGAGCUCAUGAAUAUUAACGAGCUCAGGCAACAUGACAUCAGACUGACCAACUGUUGUGAUUGGUCUGAUUUCUCCUCUUAUUUCUUUUCAGUGGCUAGAGCUGACAGAGGAGGUAGCAGUUCAUUAUCACAUUCACAACAUAACAUACACACACACAUAUGGACCUAACAUAUUUCACAAAAUGCAAGUAAAGACUAUUUUGUGUGGGCACCUUUAAGAAGAGAAUAUUUUGAGGGACGAUGACAUGAAUGGAGACUGUUAGUUGGACACUUUAUUGUGCAGUGAAUCAGGGACAAAAUGGUUAAACAUACUGUAAUCUGGCCUAAAACUGGAGCUACUGAGAAAACAAAGGGAGAAAUCUGAUUCAGAAAGAGAGAUCUCGUCUGUUGUUUUUUGCUGCCCUGAAAUGAACGGUUGAAAAACUUUGCACUUGACGAUAGUUUUUCUACUGUAUUGGUAAAUUAAAGAUUGACGUUAGGUGCUGAAAAUGACAUUUUUCUGUGUUUUUUCAUGAUGUUAAAACUAGAUGUGUAAAAAGUUUGGAAACUGAAACAAGUCGAGCCAAAUUUAAAAGAAUAACUGGAAGUACAGAGCUGUUUUCUUCAGGUUACACAGUUCCAGGAUCAAAAUUAAAAUGAGACACAUUUUAAUUUUGGGGGUUUGAUUUGUGUACCAAGGAGCUAAAUGACCAGCUUCUGAAUCAUUUUAAAUUCUACAAUUUUCUCAGACAGUUUGUCCUUUCUCAACAAAAUUUAAAAAAAAAAGGUGCUGUGAACAAAACAAAUGAUUUAACAUCUCAAUUAAAAGAAGAAAACUGGAAUACUCUUUUUGGUUAAUUGUCAGUAGGAUGUUUCUAUUAAAGUGUGGGCGGACUACACUUCAUCCGACAGCAAGUGUCAAACUGUAUGCGACUACUGAUGUUUAUUGUUGAUUUCUAAGCUCCCAGAAUCCCAUGAGUACAUAUUGAAGAGUACAUAUUGUUGCCAUAACAAAUCACUGACUGUUGAAGCUGCCUUCACACUGCUGUUUCCUGUAAUGUACAACAGGCUACUUUAUUACUGUAUGUGCUAGAGUUUUGAGUCCUUCUGUUUUCUGUUGUUACUCCAGCUGUACAUUUCACACAAACAGACCUGACUUUUGACUUUGUGCCUCAGUUAUGUCUUUGCUUCACGUCUACCAGAACGGAGUAGAACUCAAUGUCCGGAAGGGACGUUCAUAACCAGGAUUCAUAUUUCUUAUUGAUGUUUAUCAAAGUCUAUCUAUUAUCUAAUCAAUCAGUAUUUCUCGGCCGGUGCAUGUGUUUGAUUGUCACUGUAAAGUCAAUCCCAGCAUAAAAGGCUAAAAUAGAACAUGAAAAAUCCAAUCUGAGCUGAUAGAUUAGAGGUCAGAUUUUUGGUUUGUAUGUAAAUCCAGGAAGGCAGGAUGAGUCUGUCUUUAUGUCUUACCUGGAUGUUGUUGCCUACUCAUUGCUACUUUUGAGACUUACUGUUAUGGAUGAGAGGAUUUUUGUAUUGGGAUAGAGAACUCGUUUUGUAUUAGGGGAUGGGUGUUUUUAUGUGAAACUUAACCCUAAGAUGAUGUACAUUUGAUAAUUAAAAUCAACUGGAAUGAA